AUGGCCGCCUACAACUAUACCACACCAGACUGGCUCGACACAGGUGACAACGCUUGGCAGCUCACGGCCGCUACGCUCGUCGGCCUUCAGUCUAUUCCUGGUCUUGUUGUCAUGUAUGCUGGUAUCGUGAAGCGGAAAUGGGCAGUGAACAGUGCUUUCAUGGCCUUCUACGCAUUUGCUUGCGUCCUCAUUUGUUGGGUGCUUUGGGCAUAUAAGAUGGGCUUUGGGGAGCAAUGGGGAGCGGCACCUUUCGUGGGAAUACCAGGACCGAUCCAAACCAUCGACAGCGAGCUCGUUCAGGCAUAUUUCCCAGCAUCUGGUAUUACAGCCAACUAUCCCAUGUCCACAAUGGUUUACUUCCAAUUUGUCUUCGCGGCCAUCACACUCGUCAUCUUGGCAGGCGCAGUCCUUGGACGCAUGAACUUCAAGGCGUGGAUGCUUUUCGUCCCUCUUUGGCUCACUUUCUCUUACGUCGUCGGGGCCUUCUCCCUUUGGGGAGGUGGGUUCCUCGCCUCUCGCGGUGUCAUCGAUUAUUCCGGCGGUUACGUCAUUCACGUUUCAUCUGGCACCGCUGGUUUUGUCGCAGCAUUCUGGGUUGGCCCUCGCUUGCCCCAGGAUCGCGAGGAUUUCCGCCCCAACAAUGUACUUCUCGCACUUGUCGGCGCCGGCAUUCUCUGGACGGGCUGGAACGGAUUCAACGGUGGUGACCCGUAUGCGGCCAGUGCUGAUGCUGGUGCGGCGGUGCUCAACACGAACAUUGCCACAGCCAUGAGUCUGCUCGUCUGGACCAUCCUCGACCUGAUCUUCUUCAAGAAGCCCGCUGUGAUCGGUGCUGUUCAGGGGAUGAUCACCGGUCUCGUCGCUAUCACGCCCGCUGCCGGCGUCGUUGCUGGUUGGGGUGCCAUCGUCAUUGGCGCGCUCUCUGGCUCGAUCCCCUGGUUCUCGAUGAAUUACCUCGGCAAGAAGUUUGCACCCUGGACCUACGUCGACGACACUCUCGGCGUGUACCACACUCACUUAGCAGCGGGUGUCGUCGGUGGCAUGGCGACUGGUCUCUUCGCUACAGCAGAGGGCUGCGCUGCAUUCGCACUCACAAAUCCGGGCGGUGCCAUCGAGGGGAACUGGAAGCAAGUCUGGCUGCAACUCGUUGGCGCCCUUUUUAUCAUCGGCCUCAACCUCGUCAUGACUUCGAUCAUCUGCUGCUUCAUCAAGUACGUCUGCAGGAUUCCUCUGCGCAUGUCCGACGCAGAACUCUUGAUCGGUGACGAUGCGGCUCACGGUGAGGAUGCCUACGCGUUCGGCGAUGCUGUCCAGCCCAGCCUUCGAAUGAGCCCGAGGCGCGAGAUGAUGCCACUCCACGAGCUCGAGGAGGGCAAUGGGAAGAAUCACGCAUCUACCACUGCCCGAACUGAGGAAGUCGGGUAUUAGAUGUGCCUCUUGUUAGCCCGCGUGAUCAGUAUUUCACGCGCUUCGCGUUACGCGUGUUCUCCCAAGCUCAACUUCAUGAAUGUCUUUUAUUACCACGGUUUUCAC